AUGGAUGUGCUUGAAUUACCUCGUCCUGUUAUUAGUUUUCUUCGAACUAUGGCUAAAGAAGGUUGUCGUUAUGUUCUAUCAUGGGAUAUAUUCGGUGGAACUGAUACAGUAACAUUGACACUUACAUGGAAAUUAAAUGAUAAUGAAUCUCAAUUCUCAACAUCAAAAUCUCCACAACAACAAUUAUGUGAAGAUCUAUAUAUUCAUCAUGAUGAUUCGAUAUCAUCACCACAUUGCUUACGUCAAGAUGAUAAUACUUCAACAUCAACUAGAACUCGUUCAUCUAGAGGCAAAAGUCUUGAAGGAAAUACUCUAUCAUCAACUAAACUAAUACCUUCUCAUCAAAAACAAGUAUCAAGCUUAGAACGAAAAUCAAUUAUUAAUCGACAAAAAAAAGAAUCAGAUCCAAUCUAUACCAAUCUAAAUAACAUUCAAUAUUCUACGAAUCCUUCAUCAUAUUUUCGUUUUAAUAAAAAUCAACUUCCAUCUUCUACUCAUACAUAUUAUCAUCGAACUAAAAAACAAAAUGAAAGUCCAAUACGUCGAAAAUUGAUACCGUCGACAUCGACUAUUUGUAAUACAUAUCCAGAAUCGAGACGAACAAAUUAUAUUAAUAUUCAAUCUGAUGAUGAUGAUGAUGAUGGUGAUGUGCUUGAUCCAUGGGUAAAACAUUUUGAACGUUCACUUGAAGAUAAUAUUAACAAUCCUAUAGCAAAAUCUGACAACAACAUCAAUAAAAUAGGAAGUACUCCAGGAAAAGUUAAAUUCAAAAGAAAACCUGAUUAUUUUUAA